GCUUUUUGCGCGAUGGGAAAAAACAUCUGGGAAUUGAGGAGGGAGUUUGUCUUGAUUUGUCUUUUGCAAGGCGUUGGUUGUGUGAGAUAGCCUUUUGGUGCUCAUUUUAUUCGUUGUGGCAUUCUUGAGAUGGAUAGGAUUGCGACGACAAGGUGAGCGUUGCCUGCGAAUACAAGUCACCUCAGAAAUAAAUUCAUGGUGGAGAUAUCUUUGCGCUAUUCGGAAUGUAUGAGCCCGGAUUGCACACCAUCUACGGCGACUCGGAGACAAGUGGUGGCCUUCAAUCCCUUGAGCCGGAGAUUGACGUUGUAGCUGUUCAUGGCCUCAACUUCAAGGGCAAUCCAAACCAUGCGCGAGCCACAUGGCACUCCCAGGGAUCAGUCUGGAUCCGGGAUUUCCUCCCCCAGAGGAUCGGGAGGCCGUGUCGAGUCAUGUUGUUUGCGUAUAAUUCCAGUCCGGCCAAAGCGGCGGCAGCGAUGCGCCUGGAUGAGCACGCACGGAUGCUCUUGAGCUGUCUAAAAGACAAAAGAAAGGACUCGCCGCUCAGGCCAAUCGUGUUUCUUUGCCAUAGUCUGGGCGGCAUAGUUGUCAAGUCUGCACUGGUUGAAGGAACUCUUGAUCCAGCUUACGGAUCCAUUGUCAAGUCUACCAGGCUCCUCGUCUUCUUCGCAACGCCUCACCUAGGCGGAAAUUACAGUGGCAUCGGAGACAUUGCUGCCAAGAUUGUCAGGACGGGACUCGGAACGCCUAGUAAUGACUUAUUGGACGGGUUGAAGGCGGGCUCUCGUGACGUGAUACGACGGUUUGAACAGGCGCGUCAUCUACCUGCCAACUGUCUCGUUAUUAGCUUUUAUGAGACGGAGAAUUACGGUAGAUUUGGACUGAUUGUUGAAAAAGAUUCUGCAGUUCUGAACUUAUCAGACGACCGAGAGAGAAAGGUGGCCCUCAAAGCCAACCAUAGCAAAAUCUGCAAGUUUCCAACAGCAGAGAGUUGCGAGUCGGUCAUGGAGAUGAUUGUAUCGGAUCUUGAAAGAGCUCUGGAAUUACAAAGAGUAAUGGAACCAGGUCCCAUGAACGUCCACUGGACGGUGAAGCAGCGUCCAAGCGCUUUAUUUACUGGAAGAGAUGAAAUAGUCCAAACCAUCAUCGAUGCCAUAGAUCCCAGGCUCAAUGACUCCAAAACUUCAGACAAAAUGUUCGUCAUCACGGGUAUGGGGGGUCAGGGCAAAAGCGAAGUGUGCUUGAACGUUGCGAGUAAGCUCCGAAAUCAAUUCUGGGGCGUGUUUUGGGUAGAUGUAGCCACUGCGGCCACAGCUGCCAGAGGAUUUGCCAUCAUUGCUCACGCUCUUAGAACUGAGAGUACUGAUGUUGAAGACGUACGCUAUCUUCUUGCAAAUUGGCCUGCGGAUGAGCCUUGGCUACUCAUCUUGGACAAUGCGGAUGAUAGCUCAAUCAAUUAUGCAGACUAUAUUCCGUCUGGGGAGAGAGGAACUGUGUUGAUGACAUCUAGGCUUCCAGAAUGCGCCGUUUACAAGACACUCGGACACAUAGAACUUGGAAACCUCAGCAAGGAGCAUUGUAUUGAGCUGCUCCUGAAUUCAAUGUCUGUCCCCGAGACACUGUGUGCCGAGUCCGCGGCAUCUGCAGAAGCUAUUGUUGAAGUGAUGGGAUUCCAUACACUUGCCAUCUUACAAGCAGGCGCCUACAUCUCUUCAAUGAAUAUAUCCAUGGAAAAGUAUAUAAUCGACUUCCGAGAACAGGGAGAUAAUCUGCUCAAGUUUAUCCCUUCUCAGGCUCAGUCAAGAUACCGCAACGUCUGGACGACUUUCGAAAUCUCGGUCCAGGCGUUAAAAUCUUCAGAUAAGCAAUCUGGGCAUGAUGCUUUACAGCUUUUGGAAGUCCUUUCAACCCUUCAUUAUGAUGACAUUCCUGUGGACUUUUUCCAACAUGCAUGGCGAGGGGCCAGAAAAGCUCAGAGUAUCCCAGAAGACGACGAUAAACUCGACAACCUUUCACAGUGGCAUGUCGCACAACUUCCUUCAUGGAUUAAUGCCCAGAAACACAAGUGGGAUGAGGCCCGAUUAGAUCAGGCUCUCAAUGAACUCGUUUCUUUAGCUCUCGUCAAGAGAUCAACCGCAGGAAGCGAUGCAACGGUCUCAUUGCACCCACUCAUUCAUGGUUGGGUAGCUAUUCGUCAAGAUGAAACUCAUCGACGUUCAAGUAUUCAGUCUUCCGCUUGUAUAAUUGCGCUUACUCAGUUCUCUCAAACAAAAUGGCAGUCCCAUUUCGAGAGGCUCGGGCCUCACAUUACGACUUUAAUUGCAGCGCCCUCUCUAGCUAUUGGGAAAGAGAGUUCCGCACAUAUGCUUCAAGUCCUUCUUCAAAUAUGCAUAUCUCUGCGAAAUAUGAGAUGUGACGCUGAAGUAUCGGCUCUUCUUGAGCAAAUGCUACGAUAUUUCGACGCCACUCUGGAUAAUCCAACUAGUGGCCUACUUCCCCUAUUUAAUGUGAUCUCACGCAACCAAUUUGAUCUGGGAGAGAUAGAUCAGUGUAUACAGACGAUUCAGAAAGUCCGAAAGGUUCAGCAGUCAAGUCUUCAUGAGCAUGGCACAAACCGUCUCGGAACGGAUCAGGAACUUGCGCGAGCUUACAACGUCAACGGCCAGUGGAAAGAGGCGAUAGCCAUUCUUGAGCAUAUCCGUCAGAUUCACGAGUCGCACAUGAGUCUAAACGAAGAUGACCCUGACAGACUGGCUGUGCUACAUCUACUCGGUGAAGCCUAUGAAUCAAUCGGGCGAACUCAAGAAGCCAUAGCGCUACUUACAGAAGUUGUAUCCAUCGAAGAGACGAGCAGAGAGAAAGGCGAUCCCAUUCUAUUUGGUUCAAAGUACAAACUUGCCACAUGCUAUCUGUCCAACUGCCAAAUUGAUGAAGCAAUUGCGAUAUUCAAGGAGCUUGAUGAAGUACAGGCUACGAACUUUUCCGAUCGCCAUCCAUAUCGGCUUGGUCCUCAGAUCGGGCUGGCCAAAGCUCACAUUGAGAAUGGAAAAUCGAGAGAAGCAAUCGAGAUCCUGGAAAAGGUAAAGAAUACACAAAACAGGCUGCUGGAAUCAGGGCAUUCAUCGCGCCCAACCAUCGAGAAUCAUCUUGGUGCGGCUUACCGACAGAACGGCGAGCCUCAAAAGGCUAUCAAAUGCCUGAAGACAGCCCUGAAGCUAUCGAAAUAUCGUCAAAAUCACCCUCAUCGGAUAGCUAUUCAGUGCGAGCUUGCUGCAGCCUAUCGUGCGAAUGGACAGAUUGCGGAUGCCAUUGCGCUGCUAGAGAAACUUGGGAGACUUGAGGAUAGUUCUCUAAGCAGCGGACAUCCAAUCCUGAUCAAAGUACAAGCUGACUUGUCAUCGCUGUACUUACUGGAUGGUCAAUGGGAGAGGGCCAUGACUCUUUUACAAAACACCAUUGAUCUCCAGAAAAACUCCGAUAAGAGCCAUCCAAAUCUACUGGCUUUGCAGCAAAAACUGGGAACUGCUUAUCUUGACAACGGUGAGGUCCAAAAGGCAGUCCAGAUUCUCGAAGAGUUGGUACAGAACCCUCAUCCUCAUGAGUUGCCCGUCAGCCGCCUCUUGUCGCAGCAUGAACUAGGCAGGGCUUAUCUUGCCGAUGGCCAGGUCAAAGCCGCAAUCAAUACGUUGGACAAAACUGUCAAAGACAAAGAACGACUUUUCCAUAAAGAGCAUCCCGAAAGACUUGCUUCGCUUCACGAACUUGCCAGGGCAUAUCUUAGUGAUGGUCAAGUCGACAAGGGCAUCGAGAUUUGUGAAGAGAUUGUUUCGAUUCAAUCGUCAAGAUUGAGUGAGAGUCAUCCUGAUCAGUUGAAAGCACGGUGUCUCUUGGGAUCCGCAUAUCUUCACAGCGGCCAAACUAUAAAAGCGGUAGAAAUAUUGACACAGGUUGAUGAGUUGGAGAAGCAAAGGGUUGGUGAAAGUCAUCCUGAUAAGCUGGUAUCGCAGCAUCAUCUUGGUGCAGCAUAUCUCAAAGCGGGCCAAGUUAAUGAAGCAGCAAGAGUCUUUGAGAACGCUACUAAAGUGGCCGAAGAAACGCUACGGGAAGAUCAUCCAACCCGGAUUGAUAUGCGGUAUCAGCUUGCUUGCGUAUAUCUUCAGAAUAAUCAGGUGGACAAUAGCAUUCUUAUUCUUGAGGAAAUGGCAUAUCCCAGGGAUAUAUCUGACGCAACAAGGGCUCUUCCCAGUCGAGUCGCCGCGUUGCAUCAGCUUGGUUUAGCAUACACAAAGAGCGGUCGAGUAGCCGAGGCGGUAGCAGCUCUAGAAGAAGCCGUCGAGAUACGAAGCAGCCUCGACGAGGGCCACCCCAACAGAUUAGCCUCUCAGUACGAGCUCGGAAGCUGUUACUUGUCCCUCAGGAGAAUAGACGACGCAGUCAGCCUCCUGAAAGAAGUCGUCCGAGUUGAAACCUUGACACAAGGCCGCAGCAUUUCUCUAGCCAUGACUCUAGCAAAACUCGGAUCCGCCUACUUAAUGCAAGGCAAAGCCAAAGAAGCCGUAGAAGCAUUAUCAUCUGCAUGCGUCAUACGAAGAAGUCGCCUCGAACCAGACGACGUCUCGCGACUCACAUCAGAACACGAUCUCGGUCUGGCAUACCUUGAAACCGGCAACGAAAAGAAGGGGAUAUCUACACUGGAGGAACUUCUCGCGGUGGAAAGACAAUGCCUUGAACAGAACCAUCUACUGCGCAUGAAGACGCAGUAUGAGCUCGCGUGCGCGUACAUGGAUGCUGGGAAACUGGAAAAUGGCAUUCAGCUUCUGGAGAAUAUAGUUUCGAUCAAGAAAUGGCAUCCUGAAGAAGAUGCGUAUCCGACGAUGAAUGAGGUUCGCACUGAGCUGGCCAAGGCUUAUAAAGAGAGGAGCUUUUUAUAUCGACUCUUGGGAGUCUUUGGGUUGGAUGUUUGCUUGGACAGGAAAUGAUCCAUGUCUUUGGGUCAAUGUAGAGAACGAAUGUUGCAGUUUGAAGCUGCUUCAGCAGAUGCUUGUGAUGAAAUCGUCCAAGUUACAUUACUGGUGUUUUCCUCAACUAUCUUGGCUGAGUUUUUAACGAGUUAUGAAAUCUUAAGAUAUAUCGCUUGAACUUUUCCCUCCAUCUU